AAUGCAUGGAGAGGUGUAAAUUGAAACCUGUGUUACUGCACACAAUGUCUGAAGAUAUUAUACUUGAAGGAUUUUUAUGUCCUAUAUGCAAACAGGAUUUGAGGAAUGAAUAUCAGUUGACAUCACAUUUUGAAAAAAGUCAUUCUGAACAACAAGACUUAGUCCAAGUGUUCAAAGGUAUAUUCAGCUCAGCUAAGAAGAAAAUACUAAAUGAAGAUUUAUUUUCCAAUAAUACUCAUGCAUGGGCACAAGAAGUACCAAAUCAAAACCUAGGGCAGAUACGUUCCCAUUCUUCAUGGUUUAAAAAUGUACGAAAUGCAAGACUUGAACGUUAUGCAGUAGAAACAAAUAAACUUCUUAUCCGUCUGGACAAGCUUUUAACAAAUAUUCCUGUUGAUAAAACUGCACGAAAACAACAUGAACAGGAAGUAGUCCAAUGGUUAGAUGGCAGCUUAGUUAAGUUGUGUCCUAGUUGUACAAAAUCGUUUUCCUUUACUAGACGACAACACCAUUGUCGAUUAUGUGGUGCAUUGCAAUGUCACGACUGUUGUUUUUUUCUGUCAUUGGAAAUUGCUUUGUCGAUGACAAAUCCAGAACUAACUACAACGCCAGCAGUAUUAGUGGAAGGUCCAGGUUUGAGACUAUGUGGACAUUGUUUUCAUUUAUUACAGACUAGAAAACAUAUGCAGGAUACUCAAAAAUCUAGACCACCAAUAGUUAAAUUAUAUGAACUACUAAGAGAGACUGUCCUAACUACUUAUCCAGAUAUUGAAUUGUUUUUCAAGAUGUGUAAUUCACUAAAUGAAGGGGAAAGUACAUAUUGCUUGCAAGAUGCAGAUACAUUGCGAUGUCAUAUCGGACAAAGAGGAUCAAAUGUUGAGAAAAUAGGAAAAGCUAUUGCUUCACUUACAUGCCCAGAACAAUAUGUUUCUACUAAACUUCUGCAUACAGCAGUGCAUCAAUCAGCUAUGAUGUUUCUAAAAGAUGAAGUUUUGUCUUUACCUACUUUACACAAAGAACAAUAUGAAUAUUUUAAAGAGAGAAAACGUAAAGAGACAGAAGAAGCUAUAGAAGCAGAACGAAGAGCUGUUGAAAGAAAAUUAGAUCUUAUAAAAGUUAGUCAAGAUUUUAAUAGUUCUGCUAAUGGAAAAAUAGUGGCAACUCAUACAGCAAGAACAUUGAUGACUCCUCAACAAAAUGGUGUUCUGGAAGAGGGAUGGACCGGUUUACAAGCCAGUGGAAGCAAUAGUUUACUUGGUGCAGAAGCUGAUGAUCCUGUCAUACAGCAAAUUAAUAUUAUACAAGGAUAUAUUCGUCAGGCAAGAGAAGCUAUGAGGUUUGAAGAGGUUGCAACGUUAGAAGCAAAUCUCAAAGAACUCAAAGAAGAAUUUUAUAACCGCUCAAAAGCUGUGUCAUAGUUAUAAUAUUUAAUA